UAUUAGCCAAAAUGUGAAAAGCGAAAAAGAACGUAAUAUUUAUUGAUAGCUGUUUCUCGAAGCAGGUGGAAUGAUUUGAUCAUAAAUAUGAAGAACCUAUCAAUGCAGCAUUCAGACUAAAUAUUAUUUCAGUGACUUUCAGCAAAAACGUUGGUGAAUAUUGCUGGAAAUUAUUAUGCCAAGGUUGGUUGAGUCUCGGACAGCAGCUUAUUCUUGACGCCAUCUAUUCUUUUCUAAAAAGGGAUAUGAAACGGAACAAUUCACUUAAAAACUUUGUCAGUAAAUUGUUGAUCUUGAUAACGAUUGCCGUGAAGUUUGAUACAUGCGUCUGCCAGGAUGAGGCGAAUGCCACAGUCGAGACGACUACCGGUGCCCCGACGACGACAAACGCCACGGAAGCUCCCAAAAUUCCGUUCUUCGUCGACGAUGCAAUGGACCCCGCGACUAUGAAACACAUUCAAUGCACCAAAAGACAGCCACAGUCACACCAUUACAAUCGGCUUCUUCCACCCAGCGUAACAAAGACCAACGGAAGUAAGGUGGAUUGCGCCAAUUUUACGGACGAGAUACAACUGGAAGAGUGUAGCGUCACGGUUAUCAAUAAAUUGGACCUUCUGCAGAUCAAGAAGAUCGACGAAGAAGUAGGCAGCAUUCGGAUGCUCAUGAUAGUGCGACAAUACUGGACAGACAAACGUCUCAGCCUCCCACCAGAGUUUGACGACGGAUGUCCAAACGUUACGAUUAUAAACAACCAGACAGCAAAGUAUGAUCCAGACGAAAUGGUCCACCAGGUGUGGCUACCCGAUACGUUCAUCCAUGGCAUACAGGAAAUCUACAAGCCUGAGAUCCUGAUGAAACCGCAGACAUUUGGAAUGAACGACAAGGGUCGUAUCAAGUUCACCAUGUUCGGAGUUUUCACGCUGUCGUGCUCUAUGACGUUCCACAAUUUCCCGAUGGAUAUUCAGUACUGUCCGGUCUAUCUAGAAAGCUGGCGACUCACCGAGGACUCCCAAACGCUAGUGUGGGCCAGAAAGCGGCCGAUCGGCGUCCAGAAAGCCUACAGUCUGGACCAGUUCACAUUCAGCGUGCGCGUUCUCGACAUCCAUCACGUCGAAUACUCGACGGGAAACUUCUCCCAGCUGGGAGUGGUGCUGAUUUUCUCACGUAAGCUGCCGUUCUACCUGCUGCAGAUCUACUUCCCUACGGUGCUGUUCGUCAUCAUUUCGUGGCUGACGUUCAUCAUUCCGCCGUCGUACGCACAGGGCCGCAUCAUUCUCACCAUCACCACGAUGCUGACGCUGGCCGCUCUGUUCUCGCUGGUCGGCGUGCACUCGCCGUCCACCUCCUACCUGAAGGCUGUCGACGUCUGGAUGUUCGUCUGUCUGGCGUUCGUGUUUGCCGCCGUCGUCGACUGUCUGGUAGACAUUCGACUGCUGUUUGUCGUCUCACAGUCGUACAAAAGGCAGAAGCUCGGCUUCCUGACGCCCGUCUCUGUGGCGCUCGUGGAGAACAGGCGUGUGUUUGCCGACUUCUUCGGCGGUGGUGACGAGGACGAGCAGGUUGGCGCCUCCACGGCGCCCUCAGAGUUCUUCGACGUGGCCAGCCGACCGGACGUGACGGCUACGGGUAGCCGUGUGCGCUCCAUCCUGCGCUCGCGCUCGUCGGAACAGCGCAGCACUGCCGGACUCGGCGUCAACUUCGCCGCCGAGCCGGCCGCGGACGUGGCGCAGGCUCCGUCCGAGCCCCAGCAGCCCGAGUCGCAGGAGGAGCGCUGGCACCACCGGGCUGACGUGUUCGAGUCGAUGUCGAUAGUACUGUACCCGGCCGCCUUCCUGCUGUUCAACGUGUGCUACUGGGCCUACUACCUGACGGCAGCGCGACCGCCCGAGGAACUGGCAGAGCUGAUGAGACGUGGUUUCACGCCGAAGCCGAUCGUACAGAGCUACUUACAUGACGGCUCACUGGAAGCCUGAGGGACGCAAGGCCGGCGCCAGGUGCUCUAAGCGGCGAGCAGUAGCCUUAUCCCGCUUAGAAUGAACAGAAGUACAAGUCGAUUGUGUUUAUCGCAUGCGAAAAACGCCGUGCUAUGCUGUCAUGCCGCUGAAGUACCCUACACAGGACAGUCAGCCAGGCAGGAAGCACAGCCAAUGCCGCCAACUUCGAGGAACGGGGAUACCAUCAGCGCACGUAGCCGGUGAUCCGUCAGUGGUCUCGACUUGUCAAGCAGGCUUCAGUGGCAUAUGAUAAGCAUACGUCGUGUGCUGGUGUCGGCCUAUAGGGCUUUGUUUAUUUUGGAAUAAUAUCCGACCACGGACCACGUGUUUGGCUAACCGUUUGCUCUUUGUUGAAAUGAUAAGGGAAGAAAUACAUUUACAUCAGAAGCGGUC